CUCCCCAACGUCUCCGCCAGUCUGGGAGACCGCAGAUCUACAGCGCGCUCACACCCCCCUCUCUGGCGAGCAUGGCGAGCAAGAAAACUGCGAAUAAGAGACAGCGAGGAGCCCAGAAGGCCUGCUCCAACGUCUUCUCCAUGUUCGAACAGUCUCAGAUACAGGAGUUCAAGGAGGCCUUCGGCUGUAUCGACCAGGACCGAGACGGUGUCAUCAAGAAACAGGACCUGAGGGAGACCUACGGCCAGCUGGGGAAGCUCAAUAUCUCGGAUGAGGAGCUAGAGGAGAUGCUGAAGGAGGGAAAGGGGCCCAUCAACUUCACGGUGUUCCUGACUUUGUUUGGAGAGAAACUCAACGGUACUGACCCGGAGGACACCAUACUCGCAGCCUUCAAGCUCUUUGACCCUAACGGGACCGGAAACGUCAACAAGGACGAGUUUAGACGACUGCUGAUGAACCAGGCCGACAAGUUCACGCCGGAGGAGGUGGACCAGGCGCUCACACUCGCUCCCAUUGACGUGGCCGGCAACAUCGACUACAAGUCGCUCUGCUACAUCAUCACGCAUGGAGACGAGAAGGAGGAGUCCUGAAGGAGGUGCACAG